AGGGCCUGAGAUGUUGGGAGAACUCAGUAAAUGGGAACUGCCAAUUAUGACUUUUGUUCUGAGAGUAAAUGUUGGGGGGAUGAGUGUUGCUGAGGGGCUACAGAGAAGCAGGUCUUAGCAGCAUGUCAGGAGAGGCUGCCUGCCUUGUCCUUCAGGGAUGAGCAUGCUGCAGUUCCACACUACCCCCAUGGGAUGGCUUUUCUGAGAAGACGAGGACACUGCGGCAGUGAGCACGCCCUUCCCAGACUCUUCCCGGAAAGGUUCAGUUCCCACAGUGCUAGAAUUUUCACCUGACUCGUCAGCGUCGCCAUUGGUUCACAGAUUUAGGUAGUGCCUUUCACAAUGCAUCCGUUCAGCAUUUGCCUGUAGUGUUUGUUUCAUCCCUGUUGCUUGGCACGAUACUUCCCCCCAUUGUAUGUUUUCUGAUGUCUUGCUAAUGUAUUUUGGAAUGAGUGUGUAGCCUAGAUUGAAGAGUCAUUCAUUUUGUGAUUGCACCUCCCCUAGAAAUCAGUCUGAUCCAUGGGAAAACUGCAGUUCCUGAGGGCUUCCCUGAGAUCUCCAGCCCUUCUGCCUUCCAUGACGAUGCUCUUUUGUAAAAUUCCGAAGUACCUCAGAGCUUUUAAGUUGUGAAUAAUACAACAAACUCAUCUGUGCCACCAGGCUCAGUCCAGGCAUAAAGUAUGACCUGUACCUGUGGGGCCCCUCUGUACCUUCUCUGUUUGUCCCUCUCCCUUCCAAAGGUAAGCAUGUGGGGUCACUAGGUGUAUCUCAAGCUUGGCUACAGAGUGAGUCACCUGAGGAGGUCAGUACUGGUGCCUGAGUCCCAGCCAGGGUGUGGCCUGGGCAGUAGGACGUUGAAGAGCUGUCUGGGUGAUUCUAGUGUGCAACCAGCGUUGAGAACCACAGGUGUCGAUCUUUCCAGGUAUUACUCUUAAACUCCCUAAACAAGGCGCUAUUGGUGUGCUUUUAAACGUGAUGUCAAUGGUGCUGUACAGUUUGUAUCUGUUUUGCUUUUGCUUAUGUAGCAUUAUGCUUGUGAGAUCAAUCCACAACUAAAUAGCUCUCGUUCACACAUUUCCUGGUGGUAGAGUGUCCAUUCUAGAAGCAUACAGCCGCUGCCGGAGCCAUAUUCUGUUGAUGAUCAUGUAGAGGGUUUGCGGUGUUCACUGCUAGGAAUGUGAACAUCCUUGAACACUUUCCCCGAGCAUGGGAGUUGCUCUGUGUGAUGCUGCUCAGCUUUUGCCACAUCAUGGCACAUGUAGACGAUCAUAUUUUCACUUUGGCAAAUGCGGGGCUCUGGACUCCCUAGACCCUACCCAGCCAUCUCGGGCUGUGGCUUUAAGAUCUUCCCCACUGUUGGGAGCUCAGCCCUAGAGUUUAUUCCUGGGAGGGGAAUUGGGACAGCACCUUCUACUCCCUUAGAUACUGCAGGAGUCCCUUCUGGAGUGGUUAUGGCAACUUCUACUCCCUGCAGAAGUCUGGUUUUGCCAACCCUUGGCACUGUCCAACCUUUUAAUUAUUGCAAAUCUGGUGAGUAUGAUAUGGUACCUUGUUUUAUUCAGUAUUUCCUAAUGUCUGGUACAUUGAGCAUGUUUUUAUGCUUAUUGGUCUUUUGAGUUUAAUCUUUUAACUGCUUGAUUGCGUCUUGUUUACACAUUUGUGUUUUUCUUUUCUUAUUACUUUGUAGAAGUUCAUAUUCUGGAUCCUAUUUCUUUGGGGUCUGCUGCAGAUAUCUUCUCCCAGUCUGACUUGUCUGAGCUUUUUUAAUGGGGCUUUUUGAUACCUCAAAGUUUAAAUUGCUUUUUUAUACUUAGGUCCUUGAUCUGCCUCAGUGAUGCCCACCCAGUGGGUGAUUUUUUGGGACGUUUAGCAAAUGUCCAGAGACAGUUUUGGUUGUCCCAUCUUGGGGAUGGUGGUCCUCCUGGCAUCGAGUGAGUAGAGGCCAGGGAUGCAACUAAAUACCCUACAAUGUACGGGGCGGCCUCUCACAACUAAGAAUUAUCUGGUCCAAAAUGUCAGAGUGCUCAGGUUGGAGAUGCUGCCCUAGGGAUUCUGAUCAGGUAUGAGGCAGGUUCCUAGAAUCUGAAUUUUUCACAAGUACCUUGGGUGGCAUUUGUGAUCCGGGGUGUUUGCAAAGCACAAAAGUAUAGAGUAUAAAUACCUUAGGAUGGCGAAGAGGUCAGUGAAGGUUCUCUGGAGGCGGUGGGGGAAGGGAAAGGAGAGGCCAGACAUCCAGGGAGAGAGGAAGCACAUCGUAUGCUCGCGGGGUGGGGAGGAGGGGAGCCUAGUGGCCCAAUCCCCCGACCCCCAGAGCAGCCUUCACUUCCUUUGGGUCACUGAAAGCAACACCAACUCCGUCCUGGGGGCUGGAACUUGCUGCCUCUGGACGCUGCUGCUCUGCUUCCAGCCAUAAUCAUGAGAGAUGACAUUGUCAAAGACCCAUAGCUGCUUUUGAGUGCUGUUGGUAGACCCAGCAUUGUGCUGUGUGCCUUCUGUACGUUCUUUCAUCGUAUUUUUAUCUCAACCCUGUGAGAUCGUUUGUAGAAGAGAAAACUGCUAGACAGAGGUAAAAUGAAGCACCAGUGUCAUCCAGCAAGAAGGUAUCAGAGCUGGGUUUCCAACACUGAACUGCUGUGCUGUGCUGAGGACGUCCUGGAGCCCAAGUCCAGUGCCGUCCAGUGUGGUCCCGGUCAGUUCUGCUCUCCAGCCUUGCCUAAUGGGUCGCGGGAUGACAGGCUGCCCUGAGUUGGCCAGCCUUCCUAAAUAGCCCUCGUGCCCCGUGGCAGCAGGAGAGAGACCCCCCACAUGCGAGGAGCUGCUUGACUUCCAUUUGCCUUUCUACAUGCUAGGCAUUUGAGCUGACUUUCAAAGGGAUCACUUCCUGCUUUGAAAGCAACCACAGUAUCUUAAAGUCAAAAUGCUGAUUGAAACCUCCUGGAGAGUGUGCCUGGCUCCCUUGCCCUUAUUUGUCCAAAGUAUGAUUCCUUCGCCACAAGCAUUUCCUGACGGCAUUCUUGAGCCGGAGCCCAGUGUCACGGUCUGCCUGUUCGUUUAUGGGAACUCUAGGCUGUCACUUGGAUAAUUGAUUUCAGGGCCCUGGGUCUUCCAAGCAGCUGAGUUCUACAGGCAUCAAAGGCAGAGCGUGGAAGCUUCCUCCACUGCGCAGCUGAGUUGAAUUCUAUUUAUCUUUUCAAUUCUGGUGAAAGGAGUUUUCCUAUGAGUGCCUUACUUUUUCUUUGUGGUCUAGUCCUGCCGCCUCUGCUUGGGAAUGGCGCUGAACCUCUCUGAGCCUCUGUUUUAUCCGUGGAAAAUGCAAGGGAAUGAGCUCCCCUCAAAAAAGAACUGGUGGAAAGGCUGGAUCCUCAUUGACCGCUGUGGGAAGCACUUUGGUACAAUACUCAACUACCUUCGAGACGGGGCGGUGCCUUUACCCGAGAGCCGCCGGGAGAUCGAGGAGCUGCUAGCAGAAGCCAAGUACUACCUGGUCCAAGGCCUGGUGGAAGAGUGCCAGGCGGCCCUACAACAGAACAAAGAUACUUAUGAGCCUUUCUGCAAGGUCCCUGUGAUCACCUCAUCCAAGGAAGAACAAAAACUUAUAGCGACUUCAAAUAAGCCGGCCGUGAAGUUGCUCUACAACAGAAGUAACAACAAAUACUCAUAUACCAGCAAUUCUGACGACAAUAUGUUGAAAAACAUUGAACUGUUUGAUAAGCUGUCUCUGCGCUUUAACGGAAGGGUCCUAUUCAUAAAGGAUGUCAUUGGGGAUGAAAUCUGCUGCUGGUCCUUUUACGGUCAGGGCCGGAAGAUUGCUGAAGUCUGUUGUACCUCCAUUGUCUACGCCACUGAGAAGAAACAGACCAAGGUGGAGUUUCCUGAAGCCCGGAUUUAUGAGGAGACCCUGAACAUUUUGCUAUAUGAGGCCCAGGACGGCCGGGGACCUGACAAUGCGCUCCUGGAGGCCACAGGCGGGGCGGCAGGGCGCUCCCACCACCUGGAUGAGGACGAGGAGCGGGAGCGGGAGCGGAUCGAGCGCGUGCGGCGGAUCCACAUCAAGCGCCCCGACGACCGGGCCCACCUCCACCAGUGAGCAGGCAAGAGACCGAGCCGCCCUUUUCUCACCGCCCCCACUCCCUGCCGUGCUACACCCAGAUCCUGUGCAGGCUGCCGGGCCCCUUCUGCUUCCCUUGGAGCCUGGAGAUACUUUUGUAACAAGUCAGAUGAUUAUUUUGGUAUUGCUUGACAAGGCAAAUUGAUUGUCUUGACCCAGGCGUAUGACCCCUGUCUUUGAACAAGCUGUGUCCAAGAUCUCUACUUUUCAUGAGAAUCUGAGACUCUUUGGAGCCAGGCUUUCUCGGUUCUCAGAGGAAAAGUAUGAAUGUGUGUGAAGUGUAUGUGAGAACUUUUGUUUGCAGUAUUUAUUUUUGUGGGUGUCGACUUCCCAUAUGGGCUUUUUGGGUGACACUCCCUUAAGGGUUCAGUUUGACAGUUCCGAGAGUUGUUCUGCAGUUGGAGGCCACCAGAGGUAUCUGAGCUCCCUGCUUCCUAUUUCAUAAUCUUCCAGCCCCAGCAGGUCCACUCCUGGUUCCUGUGUGUUUGGCCCGGACACAAUUCCCACCGCUUUGCUAGAAGUGCUUUCUGCCAUGUCGCUUUGGGCCUAGAGCUUGUUGAUAAUUGCAGCUUGUGGCAGUGGAAAUGUGGCUGAAUGAGCAUCUAAAUCGUUGUGACCAGUGCAACUUUGGGUGCAAGGUUUUGUUUAGGGAGAAAGCCUUUGGCCACCUUGGGCUGGUCUUUGGCCUGGUGCUCACUGGGACCCCACGUGUCUGCGUAGGAGCAGAGCUUUCCAUGGCAGUAAGUGUCCAGCUGUUUCUGGUUCUUUCCCCAACUCCAGCCCCUUCCAGUUGUUCUCCUGGUUGACCUGACUCCACUCCAGGAAGGCCAUCUGACCCUGUGACAGGCAUAGCUCAUAAACUACCCCUCCCUGGGAUCCCACUCCUCUUCAGCCUCCUUCCCCAUGAAGCUGGGCUAACUUUCUAAGUCAGUUGGCUUAGAAAUUCAUUGUGGCCCAGACCCUUUUUCCUCCCAGCCUGGCAUCCAGGCAGGGACAUCCUCACACCACCAGCCCCAAGGAGCUUACCUGCUGUAAACACAGACCGCCUUGUCUUUGCCUCUGAUUUUUACAGUGUAGAGUGGCCAGCAGUGAACAGGUUGAGGAUGUGCGGGUUGAUAGAUACCUUUGGGUCUGCUUUGUGUCUGUGUUCAUGUUUAAGGGAUGUGUGCGACUGUGGGUGGGGACGUGUGAUUGUGGGGCACAGGUGGCCCCUGCUGGAGCCCAGCUGGGUGCAACACCCGUGUAGGACAGGUGUUCUCAGUGACCUACCUCCCAGGCUCCUCUGCGCCUGCAAAGGAACAGGAGUGAGUCGUGACUGACAGGGGUGGUUGAGACUAGACUAGGUAGAGUAGUUACCAGGAGAUGUGAAUGUGUGUCAGGUGAUGGAUGGGUUUGUCAAGGGAAUCGUUACCGUUUUAUACCAAAGGUAUUAACAUGGGCAGCCUUUGACAUAUAUAUUCCAAAAAGCGAGUUUAUAUUUUCAAACGGUUUUUACAGCUUAGACUUUGUACGUACUGCCCUGCCUGUGACAGUUGUAUGCCUUCAUUUUGUAUCCAACAGCAAAGCCUACAAUAAAACUUGGAAACAAUCAUGACUGAAUGUCAAAAUCAUGUAUUGGGCAGACGCUUUUUAAACUGUCCUGUGAGCAACUUUUAUAUUAGGCCAUUUGGAUUUUAUUAACUGCUAAGGAAAGAGGGCUUACAAAAUAAUGUUUCGUAAAGAUUUUAUACUGUUUAAGUUUUAAACACCAACCCUGCCUUUUGGGUUGAGCUUUUUUAGAAAGUCGAAGUGAAUAUCGGCCCUGAAAAUGGAAAAUCCAUUGUAUACAUUUUUUUUUUUUUUUUGAGGUAGAGUCUUGCUCUAUCGGCCAGGCCGGAGUGCAGUGGCACGAUCUCCACUUACCACAACUUCUGCCUCCCGGGUUCAAGCGAUUCUCCUGCCUCAGCCUCCCGAGUAGCUGGGAUUACAGGCACCCACCAGCCCGUGCCCGGCUAAUUUUGUGUUUUUAGUAGAGAUGGGGUUUCACCAUGUUGGCCAGGCUGGUCUCGAACUCCUGACCCCGUGAUCCGCCCGCCUUGGCCCCCCAAAGUGCUGGGAUUACAGACAUGAGUCACCACACCUGGCUGCUUAGUUUUUUAAAUGUCUGUAUGAAGAAUGAGUUUGUGGAACAAUUUGAUUUGCUGUGGCCUCUAUGCCUAAUGAGCUAGUGUUUCUGGCAGCUCUCUCUACCCUCACUUUUUCUCCAACUUUGCACCUGUAGUUUUGAGUCUUUGUCUCUCUGGAAUAUGAACAGGUUUAUAAAACAUUCCAUGGUGAACAAAUUCUGUCGGCUGCAUUAUAGCCAUGAGUAAACAGACAGCAUUGGCUGGUCCAAGCUCUGUUACUGAAUAUACAAGGAACUGAUUUUUAUGUUCGCACUAAGGGCAAAAACCAGUAUUUAUAAUGUAAGCACUAGCCAAGUAAAACAUUGGCCCAAGAUUUGGUAAAGAGUCAGGUUUCACUGCAAUGUAGUAACUACAAUUUUUUUACUAAUUGGAACAGCUUUGGUGUGUUGUAAUCAAGGUUUUUGUUUGUUUUAAAUAAGCCAUUUGAUUGUGGUGACUGGGGCCCACGUCCGAGACAAUUCCUGGCAUAUUCUGUCACCCUCCUGUGGGGGGAAUCACUGUGCGGGGACCCCAUUCCCCAGUUAAAGUGUGUCUUUGUACCUUACAACAGCGAUUCGGACCCGAGUGUGAACAACGCUCAGCCCUCCCUCUGGAGCGUGUGCUGUCUUUAGGGCUCUACCCAAAGUCACUGUAACACAGUUAAGUGUGUCAUUAACCUUUCCGUCUCUGCGCUAUAAAAAAAAUGCUCAAAGUUUUAGAUGUAGCCACUGUAUGUUGUGCAGACAUUUGUGGACAUGUAAAAUAAAAGUCAUAAAAUGCU